AUGGAUAGAAAAUCUGCUAGAAUAAAAGCAGAGUUGCAAAGAUAUGGUUGGAGAGUUUCGAAGAAUUUUAAAUAUAGGAAGGGAAGACCCAUAAAAGUCUAUGACAAAUUGUCUGGUCUUCGCUACGAAAUGGAUUUGGAAACAGCACGUGCAAAUUAUCCAAACAGACUAGAGAGGUUAGAAGAAGAACGUCUUAUGGACAUGCCUUUCGAUGUUAGUGAACCUCAAGUUGAAGGACACGACGGCUUUGCCAGAUUCUACUGGAAACAUGACGAACAAUUGCAUCCUUUGAGAAGGAAAAAAGGAAAAGGUGAAGACACACAUGCUCCCAUGGAAAGAACAAGAUAUUCAUAUGAAAAGUAUCGUGAAGUUAGAAGUCAAAUUACAUCUGGUCGAACCUUUACAGUAAACUUUGACGAAGGAAAGAACAAAGAAGGCUUCAUGGGUGUACUUGCUGCAAUUCAAGACGGAAAUAAGAAAGGACACAAUCUCAGAUUGACCAUAACAGAUUUGGAUGGUCACAUUUACUAUGCACAUGGCAAUGAACAAACAGCCGCACAACUUCUUGACGCUUUCAAGACUACAAAGAGAGAACAAAUGGUUGACUCCGACUCAGACAUUUUGAAUGCAAUUGAAGGAAUUGCAAGUGUCAAGUUCGAAUGGUACCAACCUAACCCUCAAGCAGUCAGACAACAUGCUGGAUACUUCCCGUUCAUAAAUAAGUCUGACAUUGACUUGACAAGGUAUGGAAUUUACAAUUCAAUUGAAAUAAUUGUCAAUGAACCUUGUAUUCUUACAUGUCUCAGGAACUCUGGUCUUGU